AUGAGACUAUUACUAUCUGAGCUAAAGUUGUUAAUAAUAGAUGAGAUUUCAAUGGUAUCAAACGUUACUUUGCUUCAUAUUCAUCAACGGUUACAAGAAAUAUUUGGCACUUCUGGAUCACUUUUGUUUGGUGGGAAAAGUAUAAUUGCGGCUGGUGACUUAUUUCAAUUGGAGCCAAUACGCAGUAAACCUGUUUUUGAAAAUUAUAAAGACGAUACUUUAAAUAUUUGUCACCCUUGGCAUGUUUUUCAAAUGAUUGAGCUGAGAAAAGUUAUCAGACAAAAAGAUGACAAGAGAUUCACAGAUCUUUUAAAACGGCUCAGAGUUGGAUCACAGACUGAUGAAGACAUUCAGCUUAUUCAGUCUAGAUCAAUAAAUUCAUCAGAUCCUAAUUAUCCCCAUGAUGUGCUACACAUAUGGGCUGAGAACAAUCCUGUCAAUCAAUAUAACAACAUGAGAUUACAAGAAAUUAAUAAGCCCUUAUUCUACUUGAGAGCAACAGAUCAAUAUCCAGCAAAUGUUUCAGAACAAGAAAUUGAGAAUUUACUUGGAAGGCAAAGAUCUGAGACAGGGGGUCUUGAUUUUGAAAUCAGCGUUAAAGAAACAGCGAGAGUAAUGCUUACAACGAAUAUUGAUAUUGCAGACAGAUUAAUAAAUGGACAACUUGGUACUAUAAUGAGAAUAAAUGUCAGUCCGAUGACUCAAAACCCAACUAUUAUCUACAUUAAAUUUGAUGAUAGCAAAGCUGGAAAAAAUCUUAUUAACAAAUCUAAUAACCAGUUUGCUAAAAAAAAUAACUUUGUACCCAUUGAGCCAAUAUUAGCAAGAUUUAAAGUAAGACCAGAAAAGACAUCAUCCCCAGAGAUACAGAGAGUACAAUUUCCUAUAACAUUAGCAUGGGCCUGUACUGUACAUAAAGUUCAAGGGUUAACAUUAGACAAAAUUGUUGUCAGUUUUAGUCUCCAUGGUCAGAAAUAUUUUAACUAUGGGCAAAUAUACGUUGCAAUUAGUCGAUGUAAAACGUUAGAAGGUAUACAUAUACUCGGAGACAUAGAAGACAAACAUGUCAGGGUAAAUUCAAAGGUACAUGAAGAAUAUGAGAGACUAAGAAAGACUAGUUUUAUUGACAAACCAGCGAUUGUUAGGAAGAAUGAGGAAAGUAUUAUAAUAACUGUUCUAAAUAUUAGGUCUCUUCUAAAACACAGUGUAGACAUAAAGUUUGAUGGGAAUAUAAAUGACAGUGAUUUACUAUUGCUAACUGAAACACAACUUCUUCCAGAAAUUGAUGAUAAGCAAAUAAGAGACAAUUUACCAUAUACAUUA